CCGAGCUUUCGGCAUUCUGUCACGGCGAUCGUCGGUUUGUGGUGCGCGACGUCGACGUCUCGAUCGGCGCCGGUAGAGACGACGUUCGGAUUUUGUGGCGAGAAUAUUAUUUCGCGGAUCCCGGUCGGUAAAAACUGUGUUUCUCGAUUUCCUUGCGGCGUUUGGCGGGCCACGCAGUCUACGGGAGGACCGAGCAUGGCUUUCCCAAUCCGUUAUCGCAUCCCGAAAGAUGCAGUCUCCUGUCUGCCGAACCCCCACCAAAUACGAUAAUAACAAUGACUUUAAGAAAACUUUCGACGACAGAAUGAGCGACACGAGCAAGUCUAGCAAAACGGCUUACCACGCGAUCAAGUCGAGCGAUCCCGACGAAACCCCGACGAGGAAGACCAAACAGAAACGGGGUGGCGUCCACCUCAACAACCUCUGGUCGAUAUGGUACGGGGUGUUUUGCACGGGACUGCAGGGCUACAUGGCCUACAAAUGUUUAAAGAAAAUCUUAGGAUAUUCGGUCCUGCCUUGGCCGCAGGGCUUGCCCUACCUGGAGUUGAACUGCAGCCUGGGGUUGAAUGGGGCCGUGUUACUGUUGUUGCCGAUAUUUCUAUCAGUCGCCGUACUCAAGAUCGGGAAUUUGGCUAACGACGGCUACAAACUGGGACGUCAAAUGAGCAUGUGCAGUAGAGAACCGCCAGAAAUACUGACCACCGGAGGCGGCUGCGGCCUCUUCCGUUACGGCGGUCCUACCGCCCCUUUCAUUCACAUAGCGAUAUCGUUCUGUCUGCUCGUCCCCAAGCUUUUGAUGGACGCCAAACUAAUAGAGGCCGGGUUUUUGCCACAAGAGUACGUCUGGCAUACCGAUCUCGACUUUAUCAUCCUGCACCGCGAUCGGACUGUGGUCUUAAGCUUCAUGAGUCCGUCUAGUAACGUUUCAGCGACGUCCGCGUCGCUGGCUGCGCAGGUGGCUGCGCAGAAAGACCCGAGAUCGCUGCCGCUGUCCUUUAUCAGCGCCAAUAACGUCACCCACACGGUCAUGAAAACUUUGAACGACAUUAUAGGUCACGAAAAUCACACCCUGUUCACCAACAAGGAACUUGAUUCAUCUUGGAGCGAGACGGUUAGUCUCGAGUAUCUGAACCUGGUUUUUGCGCUGGUCAUUUACUCGGUACGAUAUCCAGCACUGUUUUGGGCGACCAACAAGUGUCUGGGCCUGAUAUUUUCAUUCCAACUGCUCAUCAACGGACUCCACACGCUGCUCUCGUUUGCUGGCAUGUCGAUAUUGUACAAGAUACACGUGGCGAAUCUCUGGAAAUCGUUGCCGCUGCUACAGCGUAGCUCGAGGCUGUACAACAACUUCGACAGUGCGACUCCAUUUUUAUUGAACGCCCAAGUGACGUUCGCGCUGUACAUGCUGUCGACGCUACUGGUCCUCGCAUCUAGUAUCGUCAUGUAUUUCUACGGGCACACCAGGUUCCAGGCGUUCCUCAACCACCAACGCGAAAGGAAACUGAUCACCCUGAAGACGGAAGGCAGCAACGCCUGGAGCUAUUUCACUCACUGCGCCGCUUUCUGCGUGCUCAUCUCGAUCGCCAUCUGCAACGCGCCCCUCAUCCAUGACUUCACCGUCGUCUACAAGGGCAGCCUCGAUGACGUCACCCUCGUCUGCAUCAUCGGAGGUAUACUGCAUCUCUUCUUCUGGAUCGUCAUCUGGCUCUUUUUGACCGUCAAGCAGAAAUGGAUCUUCAAGAUACGGAUCACGAUCGGGCAAGCCACGGUUCGUGAGUCGCGAUCUCUGCGACUCGUUCACGACGUGAACUUGAGCAAUCACAGAUCGGAGGAGGCGGUGUCCCAACAGCCGCUACUGGUCAUAGGGAACGGUAGGACUUACACCAUCACUGAGAAUUCCCCCAAGAAGGCGAUUAUGGGGGUCAUACAGAAAGCGGCGUUCGUCAAAAAGUCCAAAAGCAACGGUUCGAUAACGACCAACGAUGACGGCGAGGAGCAAAUUUACUGGCUCAGACCGGCCCUGGCCCCCCCGAUGAACUCUCCCGACAGCGCGAAGUAUUUCUGCUGGUUCAAGAAGCGCCCGAAGCAGAAGGUGACGUUUAACGAAACCUCCAGUACGUCCGCUAAUCGUGCAAAAUCCAGUGUUCGAAGGAGUACCAUACCGGGAAUGGACGAAGAUGACGGGGACUACGCUACACUCAGGGAACUACCCCUGCCCCCCUCCGCGUCCCAAAGGCUAAGUGACGGUGAAGAAACGGCGAGUGAGGAGGGAAAGCUUCUGGCUUGCGUCCACGACGAACGCAUUACAUACGCCAGCACCAAUCAGGAUUUCACGCCCCCGGUAGUCUACGAAGACCCCAACCCUUUGCUUGAACCUGUGGUCGUGCACAACUGCCAGGCGGGUCAAAGUCACCGUAGCCUCAGACGUACCGAUUCCGGAAUAAUGGCUCACGAGGACUUACCGGGCAGGUCAGAUUCGGUAAGCACCGAGUGCUCGGUUUCGCCACCGGAACCGCCGGGCAGCAGCCACAGCGAGACUUCUAGCGGGGUGCAUUCGAGCGAAAGCAAAGACACAUCUUCCGUCAUAAAACAGCCGCUGCCGAAACCGCCAGGCUCGACGUCGUCUUCGACGCAAGACCACGCCCAAAACGGUAACCUGAUCAACUUGGACGGUAACGUGGAGCCUCAACCCGAAAGUACCGUCGUCAUCAGAAGGAAAUCGCUAAGAGCGAAUCCCAAUGAAGGGGUUCCGGAGGCGAUCCUCAAAGAGGACCCCUACGGACGGGCGACCAACAUGAAAAUGAUUUCGUUCAUGGACCAAAAGAACCUGGGAUGUCAGUCGUCUUCGGCGACAUUGCCCCACUACCCCACCCAGCCGACGGUGCAGAACGCAUAUCCCAACUGCUCGACGAUGCCGCUGCCCCAACACACAUCGGGAAAUAUUCCACAGAACUUAAUCAACGGAAAUAGCUGCAACUUGUACUCGAGACAGGCCCAUAGCACGAUACCGACGCACUUGAACGGGGUGAAACUGGUGACGCAGAACAAUCACAACCCUUAUUCGAAAAGACUGCACAAACAAGGCGACCAGGUAACCGGCAUCACCAAACUGGAGCCGAUUUACACGAAAAUCAACAGGACCUCGAACGAGAUUUGCCACUAUACAUCGUAAAUCCAAGUGGACGAUCCCAAUAAACAUAAAAGAAAAUGAAACAGAAAUAAUAACCGAUAAAUUAUAGGGAUCCAUAUUUGUAAACCUCGCGCGCCCUCUGUGGUGACGUUCGGUUAGCGAACCACGAAGUGGUCUAGCGUUCGGUUCUUUAAAUUUAAAUAACAUCACGAAUGUUUUCGACAUUACAUUUUAAGUUGGUUAAUUGACUGAAUAUUUUCUUUGGUUGGUGAUAAAACCAACUUCCUUUAUUUUAAACACUAGAGGCAUGGAAUAUUACAGGAUAUGUGUAGGACUGCCAUGUAAUGAAUGACAUAGGAGAAGAAAAUCACUAAUUUUUGCUAGAUUUUCUUCAUCUUCUAAGUGCAUUUUAACUCAAGAUGCCUCAAAUUUAACAUUGUAUGAGAUUGAAGAACCGGAGCUACAUUAUACUUUUCCCUUUUAUCUUUACCAUUUUGGGUUACGAUCGUAUCGUGUCGGUAUUUCCGAAUAAUUUUCUUCACUAAAGAAGAAAUCGAACGGCAUCUUUUUGAGCCGCUCCCCCAUACAGGUUGUAUUUGCUAGUCGUAUACAUUUUUAGUGUAAAGGAACGCUUCAUAUACCAAAGAAUAAUCUCGCCUAACUGUUGAAUAUUUAUUGUAAAUUUAUAUGCAACUACCCUGUAGCCGGAAAAUCUUCUAUACGCAGAUUUAUAACAAAAAAAAAAAAGAGAAUCCUAUUUAAAGUCUAUGUCUUUCCUAUGAAAAAUAUCUCUCUAUAUGACUGUUAUCUUUCGAAUCGCUUAUAGACGUAAACAAAAGAAGAACGGUUUAGUAAGUAUUCAAUAUUUUAUAGAUACGUAUUUGUGAGUCGAUCUGGAUGUCGUUGAAACCAAAUGCGCUUUGUAAUAAAACCUGCUUGCAGGUAGAGCUUUAUGUUUUCACGGGUUUUUGCCGAGUUUUCGCAAAAUUUGGGUACGAAAUGGGCCUUUGUCGUAGGCGUAACUAAGAGGGCGCUUGGGGAAAAUCCUUAAUACUGAUAUAAUUCACAACAGGUAGUAUUAACAAUUAUUUAGUGGCCGAAUAUAAACAAGUGGAACAAAUGAAAAAGUGGUGGGGUUCAGAGAUCUGUUUUAAAACUAACUUUUAUAUUCCACUUUUGACUCAAGCAACUAACUAAAGUUUAAGCAACUAAAAUUUUAACAAGAGUUUUACGUAUUCUUGUAAUCAAAUAAAUAAAUAAAAGAAUAAAUAUAUCAACGCAAUUUUCUAGCAACAAUCUUGUGUCCAAAUUGAAUGGGCAAGAAAUAUAGUGCAUAGUAGCACAUUUUCAUAUUUUUUUAACUCUUUAUCCUUUAAAAUGCCAAAAUUUUCAUAUUAGCACCUAGUUACGUCUACGGAUCUUAUUUUGACAAUAUCUGCCACAAUGGAUUAAUUGGAGUUACUUGAUGUAAACGUUUUAUACGACGCCCCUAGAAAACACUAGCAAAAUUUAUUCAUAGUAAAUAUUCUCAACAUUCUCAACCGUUGUAGACCUUAAGAGGCUACUACGAAACUUCUUGCGGCGUCAAAGCCCCAGUUUUGAGGUGCUGCAAUAAAAAAAAUCAUACAUUUCGUGCCAACAAAAAGAAACAGUCGAAAAUCAAAUGGCCUAAAACUUCUACCCUGAUUUCUCUUUGCAAAAAUCUUCAAUUUUUGUUUGUAUUUUUCACAUUCACAUUCCGAAACUUCAAUUUUUUCUUCACAUUAGUAGUAUAGUAGAGCUGAUUCUGAGUCCAGUUCUGGUUAGUGUCAACCAAAAGUGUCUUGGAACCGGCACUGCUGUACUACUUCGUUUUCUACAAAACAAAGGGGACUUUGCCAUGUACCGUGAGUUCCCGAAAGAACUAUGCGAGUCCCCCUCCGCCGCACUAUAUCAUCGCACAAGAAGCCCGAGAGGGGGUAAUAUCCUGCCUCGCGGUACGUGGACUUAAAGCCCCGCAAUAUAUGACAAAUAAUAUGCGCAAUUACCAAAUAGUUUAACCCUUAGCAAGUACUUGUAAUACGAUAUACAAUUAUAUUUUGUAAAUCGAUGUUGUGCGAAGCAAUAGGAUAUCGUAGCGUAUACUUUAAUUAUUAAAUUGGCGGAAGCGUCGGGCGGCCAUUUUCUGCUUUUUUCGACGCGUCCGCCAAGACGAAAAACGACCAGUCUCAAAAGGAAAAUCAUGAUAAUAAUAUCCAUCGCCCCAUAUCAAGUAUAUCGCGUAAUACUCAAUUUUUAUCACGUCAAAUUCAUGAAUAACCAAAGUGAUAACAAAAUAUAUAACAAUAAUCUUGAUACGGUAAUAUUAGCUUUUAUAUGGAAUAUCAUUUUGUAAUAUUUAUAUAACGGUAAUCCAUUAUUAUUGUAGUGGUAAAUUAAUGUGAUGCUCACCCGUGAUAUGCGAAUCACUGCAUAUUCCGGCGCCGAUGCAUGUCGGGAAUAAAUAGUUGAAACAUUUUCGCUAUAUACAGGAUGUUUAAAAAUACCUUUACAGAUUUUAAACACUAUAAAAUUGUUCUAAAUGAUGCAUCUGAAAGUUUUUAAGCAUCAUCAACAACUUAUUUCUGAAAAUAUAAAAAAAUGUCAUUUUCAAUUUUCUGCAAAUGACGGAUUUUUCAAAAAAAUAAGUACAAACAAACAAAACGAAAAAAAUGUACUUAUUAGAUUUAUUAACUAGUGAAAAAAUCAUGAAAGUGUUUAUAUAGUAUAUAUAUAAGACCAAUAUGCAGUCUAUUUGAUUUUAUUUAAAUUAUUUAUUAUAAUUAUCAACUGAGGAAUUGAUUAAACAUUCCCAUAUUUAGCGGAUUUGUUUUUUCUUAAAUGUGUAUAAGUAUUCCAUUUUCAUUUAUUCCUAGAAAUAUAACUUAACAUUUGCAAAAUUUAAAGUGAUUUAAUUUUAGGACUCCUGAGGAUCGUAUCUAUCUUAAAACGUAAGAUUUUUAAUUUGAUUUAAAACCUUUUUUCGUUUUUCAUAAAAUAUCAAAUUAUACAUAAAUUACCCGAAAAAAAAAUUACAAAAUAAAAUAUAAAAACAACUCCUGUAUUACUGUUACGCGUGUUUUUUGACUCACCGCAACUUUUGGAAAAUGUUUUAACUUGUAUCUCGACAUGUUUUCGGUGCAUACAAAAAUAGGUUAGUGACCGAAACUUUAGAGAAGUGAAAUCGUAUCGAGUUGUGAAUUUUGAUUUCGACCUUUCCUGAUUUUCGCGGCAAAUUUUAAGGACGCAGGGUGCGAGAUAGAGAGAGAAAAAAUAGGCCAGCUUGGGUAUUAUAAUAUAAUUUGCGACGUAAGGUUGUGAAAAGUAAAUCCGCAUUGUUAUACUAGAAAUACGGAUGGGUUGUUUAGAUUCGUUCAGUGUCCCUCCGUCGCCCCCCAACCCCCGGAUGUGUAAACUUUUGUUAUUAACUAAUGUUGUUUGUGGAUUUUUGGGAAUUCAGUAUUUUUAUCACUGUGGAUCGAAACUUUCGUAUUAUACUGGAUUUUCUCAUAUUCCUAUUAGUUUAUCUGUGUAUAUAUUAUAAGUAAACGCAAUUUUACUUUAAGUAUAAAGUUAUGUAGGUCACAGCCAGCUAAGUUUAAUAAUAAUAUUAAUUGUGUAACGAAACACGUGUUUCCUAACAAAAAUCAACUCUUUUAAGUAUUUAGUUGUCGAUCGAGAUAUUUUAGACGCAUUUAUCAAAUAUACCAAAUCGUAAAACUAGUCGUCGCGCUAAAAUUAGUAUUUAAACACAAGUGAAAGUAUCAAAAAUAAUUCGAUACCGGUGUUCUAUUUAUUUUACUUUGCAUCACAAAUAAAAAAUAUUUA